AUGAAAGCUGCCGAUGAAUCUCCUAAACCGGUUACACAAGUUGCUGAAAUAAUUUCUCGGUUACGAUGUGAUGAAGAUUACAAUUUGGCGCUUAAGAUGCAAAAUGAAGAAUUCACUCGACAUUAUGAAAUGAAUCGUGGUCAACGCCGACAAAUUCGUAGCGACCACAAUCAUUCAAAAAAUGAACAAAAAUUAGAGAAUCAAUUAGCAGAUCAGAUGCGACGCCAGCUGAACUUGCAAAUCAGUAAAGAAGAUGAAGCAAUGGCUCGUCGUUUGCAAGAAGAAUUUGAAGUUGAAGAACGCAUACUAAAGCAAAUGCAGUCUAAUUUUGAUGAACAACUAGCCAAAUCUAUGCAAAAAGAUGAUGAACAGCAAAUUUUUCUACAGCGAGCAGAACAGACAAAAAAAGAUGAAUACUUGGCGAGAUGUUUACAAAUGGGAGAAGGUUAUUUCGAAGGGAAUGAAAAUUGUAGAAAUCAUAGUGAUUGUUGUGAACACGUUCAAUAUCGAAAUAUUGCUCCUAUAGACAAGAAUAAUAAUGCUUCUUGCUCGAUAAAAAACAAACAAGUGAUUAAUGAAUUGCAAAAGAAGAUUAAUGAAGAACGAAGAACACAACAAGCCCAUAUGAAUUCUGAUACAAAGUCGUCAUUCACGUCAUUGUUUCCUGCCAUGGCGCAACAUCGCUCAAGCAAUUCAGUUCCUCAGCAUUCAUUUAGACGUUGGCAAGAUUCAGUGGACGUAAAUACUGAAAAUGAAAUUGUAAGUGGUUUACAGUGUUACAAAAAAGUAUCUGGAUUUGAGGAAACAUUUGUAAUUUUUCAAGAAUAA